AUUUCAGAAGCAGAGUCAAGUCUUCAGGUGUCUACACCAACACAGAGAUGAUUCUCUCUUUCCCGGUCCUUCUUGCACUGGGACUGUGCCUAGUGCCUGUUCAGUCCAAACCAGCAGGAGAAGCUCUUGGCAGUUCUUUGGUUCAGGAGUGUUUUGAGGAGGCCAAGAAACUUGUGGAUGAUGCAUACAAGUACUCCAGAGAAGAGAGUCUGAGAAGAGUCCGCAGACAGAUGGUGAGGCCUCACGAUGCACUUCGUCUCAUGAAACAGCCCCGUGCAGACACUCGUACAGCUGUGAGAUCUGCAGACUAUAUGGCUCAAACCCUUCGUCUGCUGCACGACAGGGUGCAUCGUGUGCACAAGCGGUCACUGAAUGCAACAGAUUUGCUCAGUGCAGAAGACCUGAUGAGCCUCGCUGAGAUAACUGGAUGCUUGGGUCGAGUCAGGCUCCCAAACUGCAGAACCACACCAAAUCUGAACAGAUACCGCACAGCCACCAGCGUCUGCAACAACCUAAAUAACCCUCGCCUUGGAGCCUCCAACACUGCCUUCACCCGCUGGCUUCCUGCUCAAUAUGACGAUGGCAUCUCCCAACCCAAAGGAUUUCUGAACAGAACAUUCAAUGGCUUCUUCCUCCCUCUGGUCCGACAGGUGUCCAAUAACAUCCUGGCCACAACAGACGCAGGAGUCGUCAAUGACACAGAAUUCACUCACUUGGUCACUUUGUUCGGUCAGUGGAACGACCACGACCUGACCUUCACACCCUUCUCCCCCAGCAUCAAGUCCUUCGCCAACGGCAUCAACUGUGAUGAGAGCUGUGAAAAUACUGAGCCCUGCAUCCCCAUUGCGAUCCCUCCCAAUGACCCCCGCCUGCCCACUGGUCCAGAGAGCUGCAUCCCUGCCUUCAGGUCCGCUCCUGCAUGUGGAACCGGAUACUCAGCCUACAACUUUGGUGGAGACCCUAACAACAGGGAGCAGAUCAAUGCCCUGACGUCCUUCCUGGACCUGGGUCAGGUCUAUGGCUCAGAGGAGAAGCUGGCCCUUGACCUCAGGGACCUGACAAACGAUAGAGGCCUGCUGCGUGCAAACACCGAGUUCAGAGAUAACGGUCGUGAUCUGCUGCCCUUCAGCUCCAUGGAAACCAACAUGUGUGCCACGCGCCAGAGGGUCACCAACGACACCAACGCCAGGGAGGUGCCCUGUUUCAUCGCAGGUGAUGUACGUGUGGAUGAGAACAUCGCUCUGACGUCCAUCCACACUCUGUUUUUCCGGGAACAUAACCGCCUGGCUCGUGCACUGAAGAGGAUAAACCCACAGUGGGACAGUGAGACACUCUACCAAGAGGCUCGUAAGAUCCAGGGUGCUUACACGCAGAUGUUUGUGUUCAGGGAUUAUCUGCCUCACAUUGUUGGUGAUGAUGUAAUGCGUAAGCAGCUUGGUCGUUACCCUGGUUACAAUCCCAGCGUGGACCCCAGCGUCUCGAACGUCUUUGCAACUGCAGCUUACCGCUUUGCCCACUUGGCCAUCCAGCCCAAGCUGGCACGUCUGGAUGAAAACUACAGGGAGAACCGACAGUUUCCCAGUGUCCCACUGUUCAAGGCCUUCUUUGCCCCAUGGAGAGUCGUCUUUGAGGGUGGCAUUGACCCUCUGAUCCGUGGUUUGGUUGGUCGUCCUGCUAAACUCAACACUCAGGACCACAUGAUGGUGGACGCCCUGAGGGAGAGGCUGUUCGAGUUCGUCCAGCACCUGGCUCUGGACCUUGGCUCCCUCAACAUGAUCAGAGGACGUGACCAUGGCUUACCUGGAUACAAUGACUGGCGCAGGUUCUGUGGCCUGUCUCAGCCCAGUAACCAGGCAGAGCUGGCUCAGGUCCUCAACAACACCGACCUGGCGCGCAGGCUUCUGGAGCUCUACGGCACACCGGCCAACAUUGACGUCUGGCUGGGAGGCGUAGCAGAGCCAUUUGUCCGUGGGGGUCGAGUGGGCCCACUGUUUGCCUGCCUUAUUGCAACCCAGUUCCAGAGGAUCCGCCAGGGUGACAGACUUUGGUGGGAAAACCCUGGGGUCUUCACUCCACAACAGAGAGCUGCUCUCUCAAAGGUUACCAUCUCCCGAAUCAUCUGCGACAACACUGGCAUCAGGGCUGUUCCCAGGGAUGCAUUCAACAUUGCCUCCAGGGGCAACCGGCUCACCAACUGCUCCAACAUCCGAAGUCUGAACCUGUCAGCCUGGAGGGAGCCUCGUCCCUGCUCUAACAACUCAGGCCCGGGUGGUAGCUGUGUUAAGGAUGUGAUCCAGCAGACCGAGCCGGAUCACCAGGACCAAGAGGACCUCGAGGCCCUCGAGGCUUUCCUGGAAGACGUGGACAACGAGGUCCCAGAGGUCUAAGAGGCCCUCCUGGACCACCAGCAUCCAUCACUAAUGCCACCCAGCCACUCUCUGCUUUCUCUGUCCGUCUGGGAAAGUACAAUCCGUCCUAUACAAAAACCAUCCAUUUCACUCUGGUCAUAUACAACAAACAGAACCACUAUAACACGGG